GAAUUAUUUCGAUACUCGACACACGACUGUGUUUGACCUGUUCGACUGUUCUUUAUUCGGGUUAAUGCAUCAUCAUCUGUGGUCUAAAAGUAUAUGUUCGGUGAGGCCAGCCAGUUAGAUUUGACCCUUCCGCUGGAGUCUGUGCACGAUUCGGUCAAGAAAAUGGAGCGAGCGAAAUGAGGAGAGACCCAUACUAUACGACAAAAGCAUCCUGAAGAAAUUCCCAAGAGUUGCAAGUAGGCUUUGUUUCAAUUUAUAUUUCAUCAAAUUCGUUGGCCAAAACCUAAUCAAUCAAAUUUAGAUAACAGAUAAGAUGAUAGAAAAUACUUUUGAAACUGACAUUUUCUAUCUAAAGCCUGUUUGAGCCAAGUACUAGAGCCCUCAAAAUUUCCAAUUUGGCGAUUGUUUUGCAACUUGCCUCGGAUCUCUUCAACACCCAUGGCCAGAAUACAAUGUUCCCCAAACAGAUUUUAUGAUAUUUAGAAACUUCAAUAUCUAUGUAAGCUCUGCUGCUAAUUUGAUUUUUGGGGAAAGAGUACUUUCGGAAAAAUUACGUAUAUGGUUGUGCUUGUUUUUCCUGCUUGUCAAAAUGACUGACAGGCAACACAGUAGGACGAGCAUUGUCUUCUUGAUUAUAAAACUCAAAAUACUUAAACGGCGAAUUUUAUAAACUGGGAGAGUGGCUCUACCAUCUGUAUGAAUUUCAUUUGAAUUGGUUCACAUGCACCUGAGAACCAGACUCGUUUAUUUUUACUUCUUGAGAGUGAAUUUUUUAGUCAAAACAUAGACCUCAGGCCGACGUGAUCAAGUCCGGUUACCAUGGCAACGACACACCUGCCGAUCCAAAUAUGGCUGUUUUUGUUCAUACCCCAGGUAACUUACCUCCGCACAAAAAAAAAUGAAGAGGAGUUAAAAAUUUCAUUUCCAACUUUGCUUCACUUUCCUGGAGAAUUGCUCUUAAGUUCAAACUCAAUUCUGACAAAUUUUCUAAAUAUUAUUUUUCUCUAAUAACACAUUACCAAAAAUCGUCAAAAACAUAAAUAAACUGAUAUGAACACAUAAAUUUAACAUUCACAAAGUUUGAAGGAAAUUCAAAGUACAGCUGGAUGUCAGCUAAAAUAAACAGCCCAUCGAAAAUCGUCGCCUUUUAGGCUAUGAUUCUUUCGCGGUUCAUUUUAUUAUGUUGGUCUAGUGUCAUAGUAUUGUUAUUUGUCAUUGGUAUUGUUAUUCUUCGUUGUACGCUUUAGGGGCUUAGAGGAAAACCUCCUAGAAAUUUCCAGUGUUUUUAGAUACCUGAUAACUGAACAUAGCUUCUAAUGUUGGUUUAGACUCACUCGCUUAUCGACCUUAUCAACAUAAAUUAAAGCUAUUGUCAAAGGAAAAUUGAAUUGUCUCAGGCGGGUGGUCGCCUAUCAGCUAAGUAAACAAAACGAACAAAGGUUCAAAGUGUACUUCGUAAGCCGUUUACUCUAGAGCCUACAUUGGAUUCAAAGGAGUUUGUCUAAGAGCAGCUGCAAAGCGACUAUACAAACAGCUAUAUGAUUGCAGGAGAUCAUGGGGCUGUUUCAAAUUACUGGUUCUUUUAUUUCCAAACGUUUAUAGCAAACAGUCCCAUAACUGCUCAUUACAACGAAGGAUGAAAUAAGGCGAAUCUCUUUCACUGUCAACCAGAUUAUCUAAGAUUGAGAGUGGUUAAAACCACGUUGGAAACAAUUUUACCGAGCCUCGUCAUCUUUAACGACCUAUUAAGGUCUGUCAUUUGUUUUACUUGCCUUCGCUAGGAAGUAUUCUCUAACUACGGAAAAAAGGACGGUCACUUAUUGAGGAUUAGCAGAGCUUGUUUUAGUCCCAGUUGAUUAUUAGUCUACCAGAUAACUGUGCGAUUUUCAGCAUUAAAACCGUACGGGAAGAACUUCAAAUGACUUAGAAUUUACCCUUUGGAGAGUUAAAGUGUAAUGAACGAUGGAAAACAACAUCACUACGCAUCAUUUUGCAAGUUUACGGCACCAUACAGAUCAUGAAUUUGGCAAGAACAAUUCUGGCAAAGACUAUGGAUUUCAAGAAGAACUACCAUACACAAUCGCACUCUGCGUGGUAAAUCUUUUCCUUAGCUGCACGGCUCUGAUUGGAAACGUUUUAAUAAUAUUAACAAUUUGGAAGACAUCGUCGUUGCACACGGCUUCGAAUAUCUUGCUGGUAAACCUUGCAGUGUCGGACCUUGCAGUCGGCUUGGUUGGGCAUCCGCUGUUUGUAUCAGCGCUGCUAGUGGGAAUGUCGUCUUUCUCUCGAAAGUUUUGGGAAGCUUUCAGCAUUUUAACCUCAUUCUUAUGCGGUGCUUCAUUUUUUACCAUAACAGCAAUAGGAGUUGAUCGUUUGCUGGCACUUAAAUUACAUCUAAGAUAUCAGGCUUUGGUAACACCCUGUCGUAUUAUCUGGGUGAUCAUUUCUAUUUGGGCAGUCUCGGGUAUUUUAUCAACCAUACGGUUAUGGACUCCUGAGCUAUCUUAUAAUGCGUUAUCUCCUUUUAUUUUCACCCUACUUGUUGGAAAUUCUGCUGUUUAUUUAAAAAUAUAUUUCAUCGUUCGUCGACAUCUAUUGCAGAUUCGUCGACAGGUACAUGGUCGGAUGCAUACAGAUGGCAAUAUUUUUAGUAUGCAAAGAUUCAAGAGAUCAGCUUUAAACACUUUUCUCGUGUACAUUUUAAUGUUGUUUUGUUAUCUGCCUUAUUCGGUUGUCCUUGAGAGGUUCUAUUCGGGAAUAAGCAUUUCAAAUGUUGCUCGCCACGUAACCAUUACAAUAGUUUUACUCAAUUCUACCCUUAAUCCUUUGUUGUAUUGCUGGAGAGUUCGUGAAAUUAGAGCAGCCACGAAGGAAUUAUUUUGUCAUUAUUUGUAAACGCAGACAUCUUUCAUGGAAUAUAAUUACCUAGGAUUAUCAACAUAGUGCAUGCGAGAAUAUUAUGCUUUGGGCAUCUCUCCGGUUAACCUGAAUCCCGAGGGGCGGGGAACUCCCAUAUAAAAAAUGAAGGGGAUAUUGAGUUGAAAACCGUCAGUAUUUAGUUGUUGUGUUGUUUUAGAAUUGGUACCUCUUAGGGGUGGAAAAAUUCUCAAGCUACGUCAAAAAAAAAAAAAAA